AUGGCUACCCCCAGCCCUGCAGCGGAGACGGGGGCGGGGAGCGACUCAUCUGCGGGUCGCGCCGCCCGGAAGCAAUUGGAGGAGGCGCUGGGUAAACUUGACAUCUCAGAGGAAGAAGCGACUCCUCUGAUACUAGAUGAUCGCAACGACGACGGGCCGAAGAAGUGGCUGGUGGCUGGCAAGGUACUGCAUCGUAACCAACUCCACAUCCAGACUAUCACCAACGCUCUCCGGCCGGCGUGGGGCAAUCCGCGAGGUCUUCAAUUCAGAUCUACGGGAGUCAAUGUCUUCGUGGCGGAAUUUGAGAGCCAGAGAGACAGAGAUAGGGCUUGGGGUGGAUCCCCAUGGCACAUCAACAAGAAUGCCGUGAUUUUGGCAGAGUUUGAUGAGUGCAUGAGACCCGAUGAGGUGAAGUUUGACAAGCUAUUGGUGUGGGCUAGGGUUGUGAACUUGCCAUACAAUCUUCUGGAUGAAACCUGGUGGAAUCCCAUAGCCAAACAGAUGGAUAAGAACGCAUCUUCGGUUAAAUUUGAGCACAAUGGUGGAUACUUGAGAGCCAGGAUUUCUAUUGAUGUUGCCAAGCCACUUAGGCGUUGGAUUUUGAUCGACUCGGCUAGGAGGAAAAAGGUGGAUAUGUAUGACAUUCAGUAUGAACAGAUACCCUACUUUUGUUUCUCCUGUGGAAGACUAGGGCAUUCGGAGCUAUAUUGCCCUAAUCCUGGUUCUAGAGGUGAGAAGGGCGAGCUGCCGUUUGGUCCCAACCUGAGGGCUCCAGAGGAGUUCUGGAAGCCAGCUAGUAGUGGUAACACAUCACGGUCAGGUGCUAGCAAGCCGGCCACAAAGAAUUCCAGCACUAACAAGGACAAAGGUGAGGAAGUUGAGUCUCCGAACAAGAGUAAACAACCACGGAAGAGGAAAGAGGCACCUAACCAGCUUGGAACCCCAUUCUGUUGUUUUCUGCAGGGGGUGUCAUGUGAUCUCUUCAAUGGCCUGUGGCACCCAACAGUGGUCAGCAUCGGUCCGGUGCUCGACAACUCGCUGCAGUGCGCCCCGGACGCCAGGUUCCGCCCCCAGCUCUUCGACCUCCGGCGCCUCAAGAGCCUCACCUUCUACGCCUGCUUCCCGGCGACCAACCCCACGGCGAUCCCGGCCGCGAACUGGGACAGGCUCGCCGGCACCCUCGAGACGCUCGAGUUCCGCUCCAACCCGGGCCUGGCCGGCGCCAUCCCGGCGUCCCUCGGCCGCCUGGCCAGCCUGCAGUCCCUGGUCCUCGUCGACAACAACCUCACGGGCGCCGUGCCGCCGGAGCUCGGCGGGCUGGCGAAGCUGCGGCGGCUCGUGCUGUCCGGGAACGGGCUGUCGGGCCCGGUGCCGGCGACGCUCGGUGGGCUCAAGGGGCUGCUCAAGAUGGACCUCAGCAACAACCGCCUCGACGGCCGCAUCCCGCCGGAGCUCGCCGGCCUCGAGAGCCUCACGCUGCUCGACCUCCGGAACAACAGCCUCACCGGCGGGCUGCCGGAGUUCGUGCUGGGGAUGCCGGCGCUGCAGGACCUGCUGCUCUCCAGCAACCCGCUGCUGGGAGGCACCCUGAUGCAGCGCGGCUGGGAGAAGAUGGCGAGCCUGGCCACGCUGGACCUGUCCAACGUCGGCCUCGCCGGCGCCAUCCCGGAGUCCAUGGCGGGGAUGCCCAGGCUACGGUUCCUCGCGCUGGACCACAACCGCCUCUCGGGCACCGUGUCGGCCAAGCUCGCCUCGCUGCCGAGCAUCGGCGCGAUGUACCUCAACGGCAACAACCUGACGGGGGCGCUGGAGUUCUCGCCGGCGUUCUACGAGAGGAUGGGCAGCCGGUUCGCCUCCUGGGACAACCCCGGCCUGUGCGCCGCGGAGACGGCCGGGGGCGCGCCGACCGGCGUGGCCGUGUGCAAGGACGCGCAGGACCCGCCUCGCGUCGGCGUGAGGGACGGGAUGGAUGGGGGCGGGAAGAAGCCCGAGGCGAGCUCCAGCCUCCCGGCGUCCUCCUCUUCGUCUGCCAUGGUCGCCGUGCUCUGGUGGUCGGUGCUGGUUCAGGGGAUGGCGAUGGCGUUGUAGUCGAGGAAAGAAAGACAUGGAUGAAGCUUGUAGUUAGCUCGAUCGGCUGGUUUCCAUGGUGCUCUAGUAUUCUUUUGGCAUUUUGGUCGCGCUGUUCUUGGCAUUCUGUUCUCCUCUCUUGUGUCGGGGGAUGAAGGGAGAACAGAUGCAGAAGCAGGAGGAGUCUAGCGGUUAAAUAAAGUGAGUGAAUCUACACUCUAAAAUAUGUUUACAUACAUCUGUAUAUUAUAGUUCAUUUAAAAUGUUUAGAAAGACAAAUAUUUGGAAACGGAGGGAGCACAUGCU